CCAAGACCAGCUGCGGCAGCCGACAACUGAAGCCAUCUCUCUAGCUCACUCCAGCCACCCUGCUGAGGCCGGCCUGCACCGACCGAGCAUCCACGUAGUAGCUGCGGUCAUGGUGCAGAUACCAGCGAUGAAGAGGGUGAAGGGGCGGGCCCCGCUGUCAGUGGUGGUGGCGAUCAUCGGCGGGCUGGCUCUGGCGGGCAUCAUCUUCACCGAGGACCUCCGCUCACUCACUGAGAUCAUGGACAAGAGGAAGGAGAAGCAGAUCAAGGAGGAGAAGCGAACGUCUCUGCCGGCCAGGACGAGGAUGAUGUUGACGCGGCCGGCCGAGGAGGCGACGCCGCCGGCGGCGGCGGCGAAGGAGGCGUUCGACCCCAGCCGGUGCAGCGUGACGGAGGGGUACUGGGCGUACAACUGGACCAAGAGGCUGCCGUACACGGACCAGACGUGCCCGUUCGUCGACAGGCAGAUCUCGUGCCAGAGGAACGGCAGGCCGGACAGCGACUACCUCUACUGGGACUGGCAUCUCGACGACUGCAGUCUCCCAAGGUUCGACCCCGCGGCGGUGCUGGAGAAGCUGCGGGGGAAGCGGAUGCUGUUCGUGGGCGACUCCCUGCAGAUGGGCCAGUGGCUCUCCUUCGUCUGCCUCGUCAACUCCGUCCUGCCCUACACCGCCAGGACCAUGGAGCGCAGCACCACCCUCUCCGUCUUCACCGCCACGGAGUACAACGCGACGAUCGAGUUCUACUGGGCGCCGUUCCUGGUGGAGGCCAACUCCGACCGCAACAUCCGGCUGGGCGCCGACGGCCGGGUGCUGCACGUCGACGCCGUCGAGCUGCACGCCAAGCACUGGAGGGGCGCCGACAUCCUCGUCUUCGACAGCUACGUCUGGUGGAUGAGCGGCAGCAGGAUCAAGACGGUGUGGGGCGCGUUCGGGGACGACGGGUACGAGGAGCUCGACGCCUGGGUGGCCUUCCGGCUGGGCCUCAAGACAUGGGCCAACUGGGUCGACGCCAACAUCGAUCCCAACGCCACCAGGGUCUUCUUCAUGUCCAUCUCCACCACGCACAUGAGGAGCGAGGACUGGGGCCGGGAGGGCGGCAUCCGGUGCUACAACGAGACGUGGCCCAUCACGCGGAAGGGCUACUGGGGCAGCGGCGCGGACCGGCGGAUGAUGGAGGUGAUGUCCGACGUGGUGGGCCGGAUGCGGGUGCCCGUCACGCUGCUCAACGUGACGCAGCUCACGGAGCACCGCGCCGACGCCCACGUCUCCGUCUACACCGAGACCGGCGGCGAGCUGCUCACCGCCGCGCAGAGGGCCGACCCCCAGGCGCACGCCGACUGCAUCCACUGGUGCCUCCCCGGCGUGCCGGACACGUGGAACCAGAUCCUCUACGCGCACCUGUAGCCUCUAGGCCUGUAUUAGCUUUCCCACUCCGUACAACACCAAGAACGAAAUUACUAAAUCAGAUACCACUAUUAAAAAACGAUCGGUAAGAAGGUCCUAAUUUUUCAUAGGGGUUAAAAGGUAACUCACUCAUAUGAAUAGAGCUUGGUUACUGAUCCAAUCUAUCUCUAGAAAAGUAUUUUAGGGGCGGGUGACGCCACCACCCGUCUCUAAAAAUAGUGACCAUUUUUAGGUGCGGGCGGGUAGGUAUCACCCGCCUAUAAAAAUGUAUUUUUAGACGCAUGAUCCGUCUCUACAAAUGGUCAUAUGUAAAAAAUUGAUAACUUUU